CCCCCCCCACCCCCCCCCCCCCCCACCCCCCCCCCCCCCCACCCCCCCCCCCCCCCACCCCCCCCCCCCCCCACCCCCCCCCCCCCCCACCCCCCCCCCCCCCCACCCCCCCCCCCCCCCACCCCCCCCCCCCCCCACCCCCCCCCCCCCCCACCCCCCCCCCCCCCCACCCCCCCCCCCCCCCACCCCCCCCCCCCCCCACCCCCCCCCCCCCCCACCCCCCCCCCCCCCCACCCCCCCCCCCCCCCACCCCCCCCCCCCCCCACCCCCCCCCCCCCCCACCCCCCCCCCCCCCCACCCCCCCCCCCCCCCACCCCCCCCCCCCCCCACCCCCCCCCCCCCCCACCCCCCCCCCCCCCCACCCCCCCCCCCCCCCACCCCCCCCCCCCCCCACCCCCCCCCCCCCCCACCCCCCCCCCCCCCCACCCCCCCCCCCCCCCACCCCCCCCCCCCCCCACCCCCCCCCCCCCCCACCCCCCCCCCCCCCCACCCCCCCCCCCCCCCACCCCCCCCCCCCCCCACCCCCCCCCCCCCCCACCCCCCCCCCCCCCCACCCCCCCCCCCCCCCACCCCCCCCCCCCCCCACCCCCCCCCCCCCCCACCCCCCCCCCCCCCCACCCCCCCCCCCCCCCACCCCCCCCCCCCCCCACCCCCCCCCCCCCCCACCCCCCCCCCCCCCCACCCCCCCCCCCCCCCACCCCCCCCCCCCCCCACCCCCCCCCCCCCCCACCCCCCCCCCCCCCCACCCCCCCCCCCCCCCACCCCCCCCCCCCCCCACCCCCCCCCCCCCCCACCCCCCCCCCCCCCCACCCCCCCCCCCCCCCACCCCCCCCCCCCCCCACCCCCCCCCCCCCCCACCCCCCCCCCCCCCCACCCCCCCCCCCCCCCACCCCCCCCCCCCCCCACCCCCCCCCCCCCCCACCCCCCCCCCCCCCCACCCCCCCCCCCCCCCACCCCCCCCCCCCCCCACCCCCCCCCCCCCCCACCCCCCCCCCCCCCCACCCCCCCCCCCCCCCACCCCCCCCCCCCCCCACCCCCCCCCCCCCCCACCCCCCCCCCCCCCCACCCCCCCCCCCCCCCACCCCCCCCCCCCCCCACCCCCCCCCCCCCCCACCCCCCCCCCCCCCCACCCCCCCCCCCCCCCACCCCCCCCCCCCCCCACCCCCCCCCCCCCCCACCCCCCCCCCCCCCCACCCCCCCCCCCCCCCACCCCCCCCCCCCCCCACCCCCCCCCCCCCCCACCCCCCCCCCCCCCCACCCCCCCCCCCCCCCACCCCCCCCCCCCCCCACCCCCCCCCCCCCCCACCCCCCCCCCCCCCCACCCCCCCCCCCCCACCCCCCCCCCCCCCCCCCCCCCCCCCCCCCCCCCCCCCCCCACCCCCCCCCCCCCCCCCCCCCCCCCCCCCCCCCCCCCCCCCCCCCCCUCCCCCCCCCCCCCCCCCCCCCCCCCCCCCCCCCCCCCCCCCCCCCCCCCCCCCCCCCCCCCCCCCCCCCCCCCCCGAGUCGGUGGUGUGA